UUACUACCAAGUUGCAGUUGCACCGGCCAUUGGAUUCUUACUUUCAAAGACAUUCAACAUCUGAUGAUCUCGAGAUGGCUGACCGGCCCACUUUCUCCACUCGCGAUAAUCAGCAUGUGACGUCUACGAAUCACUAGCAUAUGUAACCAGAUAUGCGCUUUAGUAGAGAUUGAUGUGUUGAUAAUGAGAAGAAACAGUGUGAAUAUCUUGGUGUUAGGCCUGUGGGUGAUGGUGGUGAUGCCCUUGGAAAUCAAGGGUCAAAGUCAAACUAGUAAAACCAUAGUUACAAGAAGUCCAAGUGUUGUGAAUGUAGGAGCAUUAUUUGCAGUGAAUUCAGUUAUUGGCCGCUCUGCAAAGCCCGCUGUCGCAGCUGCCAUCGAUGAUGUCAACUCUAGUCCAACUGUUCUUACAGAAACUCGAUUGAACCUUAUUUCGUACGAUACCAAUUGCAGUGGAUUUCUUGGCACUAUUGAAGCUUUGCAGUUGAUGGAAAAAGAUGUAGUGGCUAUGAUAGGCCCCCAAUCCUCCGUUAUAGCGCACUUGAUAUCCCAUAUCGUAAAUGAACUACACGUACCACUCCUUUCAUUCGGUGCAACCGAUCCCACACUUUCGGGUCAUCAACACCCUUACUUUGUCCGAACCACACAAAGCGACUACUACCAAAUGUCUGCCAUAACCGACUUCGUUUUAAACUUCGAGUGGAAAGAAGUUGUUGCCAUAUUCGUUGACGACGAUUAUGGUAGAAAUGGGAUUUUGGCACUGGGCGAGGCCCUUGCAAAAAAACGAGCCAAGAUUUCUUACAAAGCUGCGAUUACGCCAAGCGCGUCUCAUAGUGACAUUACGGAGCUACUAGUCAAAAUCAACAUGAUGGAGUCUCGGGUUUAUGUCGUGCAUGUAAAUCCUGACUCGGGUCUUGAGAUUUUCGCUUUAGCAAAAAAGCUUGGGAUGGUGACAAGUGGCUAUGUUUGGAUUACCACAGAUUGGCUUUUGGCGGUUUUGGAUUCAUCAGAAGUGCUAGAUCCUAAAACGAUGGAUGUCAUACAAGGCGUUAUCUCGUUGCGCCAACAUACGCCGAAUUCUGACAUCAAGAAAUCUUUUACAACUAAAUGGAAGAGUAUUAAAGAGAAACAAACAAGCAGUUUUAAUUCAUAUGCUCUAAACGCUUAUGAUUCCGUAUGGUUACUCGCACAUGCUCUUGACAAGUUCUUCAAAUCUGGAGGAAGUAUCACAUUUUCUAACGAUUCUAAACUCGGACACAUUACUAACGGAAGUAAGCUUCAGUUUUCGGCUCUUAGGAUUUUCAACGAAGGGACGCAGCUUCUCCAAACAAUCCUAGCCACAACAUUCGCGGGUUUGAGUGGUAACGUGAAGUUUGACCAAGACAAAAAGUUGUUGUAUCCGGCUUAUGAUAUCGUGAACAUAGGUGGAACUGGUUUACGAACCGUUGGAUAUUGGUCAAACCAUUCAGGACUCUCAACGUCUGCUCCCGAGUCAUCAUAUGCAAAGCAUUUAAACAAUUCUUCUAAUGAUCAACGUCUUUAUAGCGUGAUUUGGCCCGGUGGAAUGAGUAAAAGGCCAAGGGGAUGGGUUUAUCCGAACAAUGGAAAGCCUUUUAGAGUUGCGGUGCCUUAUGGCUAUAGUUACAAAGAAGUUGUGACAAAAGACAAGUCUCAAAAAGGCGUAAGAGGAUACUGCAUUGAUGUCUUUGAAGCUGCGGUGAAUUUACUUCCGUACCCGGUUAUUCCAGAAUAUAUUUUAUACGGUGAUGGACAAAGAAAUCCGAGCUACAGCGAUCUUGUGAGAGCGGUUGCUGAAAAUAAGUACGAUGCAGCAGUUGGAGAUAUAACGAUCAUUACAAACCGAACGAGGAUAGCUGAUUUUACGCAGCCUUACCUGGAGUCUGGGCUAGUCAUAGUUGUUCCUCUCAACAAGUCAAAGCCCAAAUCAUGGGCAUUUCUCAGGCCAUUCACUAUUGAAAUGUGGCUGGUCAGUGGUGGAUUCUUUCUCUUCAUCGGAUUUGUUGUUUGGUUCCUCGAGCAUCGCUCGAAUGAAGAGUUUCGUGGACCACCGCUGGGACAAAUCGUCACAGUUUUAUGGUUUAGCUUCUCGACGAUGUUCUUUUCACACAGAGAGAAGAUAGUGAGCACGUUGGCACGGUUUGUAUUGAUCUUAUGGCUGUUUGUAGUGUUGAUCAUUACUUCAAGCUACACCGCCAGCUUGACAUCAAUCCUCACGGUACAACAACUGACUUCAACCAUUGAAGGGAUAGAUAGCUUGAUCUCAAGUAAUGACCCGAUUGGAGUUCAAGAAGGAACGUUUUCUCAUAAUUAUUUGAUUCAAGAACUCAAUAUCCCCGAGUCUAGGAUCGUACCUUUGAGAGAUGAGGUGGAAUACUUAAACGCGCUUCAUUUAGGUCCCGAAGGAGGUGGUGUGGCUGCCAUUGUUGAUGAACUUCCUUACGUCGAGCUCUUCAUGCGUUAUAGCAAGUGCGAGUUCAGGAUUGUUGGUCAGGAGUUUACAAAAAGUGGUUGGGGAUUUAAUUGGCUGCAGGCAUUCCCAAGAGACUCUCCUCUAGCAAUAGAUUUAUCAACAGCAAUCCUACAACUAUCAGAAAACGGAGACCUACAACGAAUCCACGACAAGUGGCUCUCGACGACUUUGUGUUCUCAAACUAGCAUACUCGAAGGGAAAAGCCUCACUCUAGACAACUUCUGGGGCUUAUUCCUAGUCUGCGGCAUUACCUGCUUCAUUUCUAUCUGCAUUUUCUUCUGUAGGAUGUUCUGUGCGUACCGUAGGUACACUCCUGACGAAGAAGCAGCUCGUGGGAUAGUGGAACCUGACUCAACAACAUGCAGCAGAUGGUUUUUUGGAGCCAUCAGUUUCAAAGAUGUGAUUGAAUUCUAUGAUAAGAAAGAGGAAGUGAUCAAACAAAAACUUAGGCGAAACACACGUCAAGUUAUCAGGGACUCUAAAACAUGAUAUUACAAAAUUUGUAGGAAGUUAUCGCUCUUGCAAGCUUUGCUAGUUGAUCAAAAGUUAGUUGCACAAUCAAAUUUUCUAACAUGUGUACUUUGGGUUUCUGGUCACAACUAUGUUAUUGUUGCGAAAAUUUUAAAACAAGAUCCUGUAUGUGUUAUGGUA